AUGAGUAUGCUUUCUGUUGUAUUUUUUUCGCGGAUCCAUCAUGGAAUUGGAAUUCUCAAUAAGGCUGUACAUGGAAAGCCGAACUUGUUCGAUAGUAUGGUGCAGACCAAAUUAACUGAGUUCAUUAGCCCUCAAAUCCAGGCCUUUAACAAGCUGCUGAACAUUAUCGGCAGAUAUGUACGUGAUGAGUACGUGUUCAUCAUCGACUCGGUUGAUCAUCUACAGCCGAAGACGCUAGAAUGGAUACCGGAGAUAAUUCCCCAGAACGUUAAAUUCAUCUUCUCCCUCGAGGGAGAUUCAACGACGGCGGAGCACCUUUCCACGCGCUCGGAUACUCUUUUCCUUCGAAUGUCUGAACUUUCCGGUCCUGAGAAGGCUGCGGCUAUCCGUUGUUACUUUGCACAGUACGGCAAAGUUCUCAAUGAGAGCGGUAUCUCCAGCCAGGUUUGUGUGUGUGUGUGUGCGUGUGUGCAUAUUCCAGCGUUCGCGUCGCAUAUCCCCAAACACCUUUUUAGGAAAACGCUUCAUUGGAUCUUAUCCAUAAUACGCCCUCACAAAUAG